UCAGGGUGGAAAGGCCAGGGAAAGGACUUGGGGCUUGUCAUAUAUGCUUCAUCACCCAGUAACCUAAAGAUUGAUGGACUGGAGGAGAAGCUGGCACGUUGCAGACAGAGCAUGGAGGAGGUGGACCUUAAACUGCGCAGGGAGACGCUCAGCCCUGAAGGAAGAAAGUUGCUGGAGAGAGAGAGAAACCUGCUAAUGACCAAAGCUGACAACUAUGAGAAAGAACUGAGGGCGCUUCGCAAGGAGAACCGCAGGCACGCCGCCCUCGCCGUGGCCAUGGGCCUGCUCAUCGCCCUCAUCUACGCCUGCUGGGCCCUGUGA